GCCGCCUCCCGCGGGCGCGCAUGUGCCCGCGGCUCCGCUCCGCUCUCCCGGGAGCUCCGCGGCCGAACCCUUCCCACCGGGACCGGGCCGGGACGAGCCGAGCCCGGCUGAGCUGAGCCGGGCCAAGCCGGGCCGGGCCGGGCCAUGGCCCCGCCGUUUGCCGGGGCGAUGCUCUGCGCGCUCCUGUGCGCGCUCCUGUGCGCGCCCACCCGCGCAGGAGAGGGAGUUGACAACGCUGAAGCUCCGACGUCUGUUCCUGCUCCUGCUGCGAUAAAAAUAACUGAAAUUAUAAACCUGCCUGAAACCCUUGCGAACAAAGUCCUACUUUCCCAUUGGUUCCCGGCAGGGGGGUGCAGUGAGCUGAGGUCCUGUGAGACGUGCACGGCCAGCACUGCCCCACACAACACCAGCGGCUGCAUCUGGGUGGGCUGCGGGACCCCCGAGGAGCCAGAGACAGGGACCUGCUUGCAGAGAGGGGCAGCAGCACGAGAGACCUGUGAGCUCUACAACACCAGUACCCUGUGUCCAGCAGCACUGAAGUCCCCGACGGAAGAGCCUCCACAUCCCCAUAGCAAGAAGCCAGUGACACACGCCCCGAGGACCACCACCAGCGCCCCCUUAACGGGCAGCCCCGAAUUUCACCCCCCUGGCUUUGACACCGCCAGCUUCAUCGGGGGCAUCGUGCUGGUGCUGAGCGUCCAGGCCGUGGUCUUCUUCAUCAUCAAGUUCAUCAAGUCGAAGGACAGCACCUACCAAACGCUGGCACAGCCCCCCCAGGCCGUUGCUGCUACGUGCUCUUCUCUGUCUGCUGCACCAGGAUCUGAGGCCACUGCACGCCCAGGCCUGGGGGGGACACUGCCCUCGGGCCCCCCCGGGGGAAGGCAGAGAAGAAGCCAGAGCUGCCAGUGUCCCUGCCCAGUGCUGGUGUCCCUGCCCAGUGCCAGACUGGGACCCCCCCACACCCCCCUUCCCAGCCACAGGGCCCCUGCCCACACCACAACUAUGCAAAGGUGGCUCUGCCCCGGGCUGUCCUUUCUGCCUCAGGGGACACCGGGGUGGGACAUGUCACCCGGGUCUGAGCCCUGUCCCCAGCACCAGCUGCUCCCUGGGUGGGGGGCAGAGCAGGGUGGAGGGGGCAGCUGAGCUUGGGGAUCCCAUCCAGCCCUGAUUCCCAGCCUUGGGAUCACUUGCCAGGAGCCCAGGGCACCCCAGGGGGUCAGAGGAUGUGGGGGGCAGGGGGGUGGUCCCGUGCUAGCCGAGCCCCCAGCCCCACACUGGGCAGAGCCUGAGCCAAUGGGGGGGGGGGGGAGAGGGGGGGGGGCGGGGGCAGAGCCCCAAUAAAGGAUUUUUCCUCCUC